CAACCAAGAGAAGGGGAGCGCAUUCGGCGUUCACACUCUGUUUAUCUCCAAUUCUUCUUCUUCUUCAUCUUGUUCCAGAACCCCUUUUCCUACGUCUCUGAAACUACGUCGUUUUCAGAAGACCCAGCUCAACUGCGACUAAACUGUUUGGCAGUUAAACUCCACCCCGAACUUGGCGGCACACGAUCGUCACCCUCAUCCAACUCCUCCACAAAACUCUUGACUAUUUAAUCCUCGGAAAUCUCCGCCACCGUCACAGCCGUUGAUUUCGAGCUGGGGUUGUAAAGUAUGGACAAUCCGACGGCUUUCAGAGGCGGUUAUCUCAACGGAGCUUACCACCCUUCAGUAUCUUCUUCUCGCGCCGAUGUCAAUUACAGCUGUGGCGCUUGUGGCUAUGAGCUGAACCUGAGCUCUAACAACCGGAACACGUCUUUGAUUGGAUCUAACAAGUAUGGGAAAUCUAUAAAGAGAGGGAUCAUAUCGUUCUUUUACAUUGAUGAGAGCAGAUUUAGUCAGGUUGAUGAACUCCAAUGUAAACCUCAUUUCUCCAGGCGUUCGUGGGGUUUGUUCAGCCGGAGAACUAAACUUCUUUGUCGCAAGUGCGGUAACCAUAUAGGAAAUGCUUACAAUGAUUAUAGUUCUUCAGCUUCUUACCCACUCGUAUCAGAUGGAUCAUCAGAUUGUUCAUCCUCAGGCCGUCAAAUUACCAUAUGCAGAAAAUAUGAUGUCAGAAUUCGCUCUUUGCAGCCUUCCAAUUCUGAAGAACGUGGACCUUCGUUUUUAGAUUGACAUCCUUGAACAACACUAUUUUGUAUUUCCCUCAUGCUAAAGAAGUAUCUGCAGCAACAGCCAAAUUUUUAUUUCUGCAACAAUCUGUGUAAGGGUGUUCUCUGUUUUGAUUGUAUCUGUUUUCUGCUUGCCCUGUUUGUUUAGAAAUUUGUAUAUAACAAUUUUCAGUAUUGAAAGAGUUAACGGUGUGGAAUUUGAUGUGAUUUG